AUGGAGGAACAAGACCUUCUUCAACAGCUCAAGGACACGCCGUUCGCCUGCUCAUCUCUGUCACGUUUGAGCAGUGGAAGCGCCAACUAUGUCUAUCGAGGCAUUCUAAUCGAUGCCAUUCCCACCAGAGAUGAAUCCUGGAAUAUGAAAAGUGUUAUCGUGAAAUAUUCACUUGGUCAUAUACCGGGAAAUUCUGGGUUUAAACUCGACUUGAUUCGCUGCUCCGUCGAGAAUGUCGUCCUCAAGUACUUGAAUCAGUCAUCACUGACGACCAUGAAAGUCAAGAUCCCUGUUACUUAUUUUCUGGAUCGUGAUGCUCGCAGAGGCAUUGCAGUACAGGAAGACUUCCACCAAUCGACUGACAUAGCAUCCAUCAUACGUUCAACAGAAAUGAGUGGCUCUUGGACACGAUCAAAGGCACUGUCGACUAGUCGAGAAGUUGGAUACUGGCUGCGUUGCUUCCAUGAAUGGACCUCAGAACCUCAACAAGCAGACUUCCGAAGCAAGGUUGGCUGCAACGAGCCCAUGCAAAGACUCAAGCAUAAAGUCACCUACGGCGCAUUCAUUGACAUUUUGAAGAACUUUCCCGAUAUCCUGCAAAAGAACGUUGGGGUUCUGAAAAAGGUCCAAGAACGAGCAGAACUCGAGCUCCGAGAUCUGACGAGUAGUAAGAAUGGACCAGAUCGAGGUAUGAUCCAUGGAGAUUGCUGGAUGGGAAAUGUUCUGCUAUCGAAAUCUCCUACGGCCCCAAUCGGCCCUCGCUCAAAUACAGAGACUGUCUUCAUUGACUGGGAAAUGUGUCAAUUUGGCCAUCGAGCGUACGACUUGGGACAUAUGAUAGGGGAUCUGUAUGAGGCGUAUCAUUUUCACAACUCGGAUAUCGCUUUGUCGAUGAUACGUGGCUUCAUGGAUGGUUAUGGGGAGGUCGACGACGAUAUGGCAUUCAGAACGGCUAUUCACACCGGUGUGCAGUUUCUGGGCUGGCAUAAUCGUCGUGCCCCGUCGGACUCUGUGAAAGGGACUGAAGAACAGAUUUCGAGUGCAGCAUCGAUCUCAACAAACAUUAUUGUCAAUGGCUGGCAGCGGGAAAAACAGUGGUUUCAAAGUACCCCAUUGGCACCGUUGCUCCAUCCUGGUACAUAGGUUACGGCAUUUAUGAACAGGCUCAUUACCUGGUACGGACCAACUUUCAAGCGACUACCGAAAGC